AGCACGAUAAAUCGGGCGAUCCCUGUUCUGCUUAUCGUGGCGAGUAUACGUGUAGCCCCGACAAACUUUUGAGACUAGAGACAAUGUCCAAAUACGUUUCGUUGUUUUGCAUUUCGCCUUAAUAGCCCCAAAUCCCCUUUGCAAAUCUUGACCUUCCAACAAACCCUAAAACCCCAAAUUUGAUCUGACCCACAUCGAUUCAAGGGUACAGAGAAGAGAGAAAAUGUCUGAGGAGGAAGGAGAAGAAGUGGGUACGAAGAAGAGGAGGAGUGCCCGGAUAUUGGAAUUGGAGGAAGAGAAGGAGAAGAAGAAGAGCAGAAACAAGGACCAAGAAGAGGCCAAAGCCAAAUCCAUAUCCGAGGAGGAGGAGCAGCAUGAGGGGGGCCCUGAAGAAGACCAUGAGGAGAUGGAGGAGCAAUGUCCAAGUACAACGGGAGCAGCAGGAGAGGCACCCACUGUUGAAGAGGGAACACUGGAAGACGUGGCUGUUACUUUUGUUGCUUCCCCAUGUCAACAGAACAUUAUGGAUGCAUCCCAGCAGGGUCAUAUGGACACUCAGUCUGACCAGCCACUUACUGACUCUUCCAUGCAUACGCCCUGUCCUGCGAAGUCAUCAGAGCCAUCAGAGCUCUCAGUGGACACGCUAACACCAUCAGAAACGUCCUCUUCUAUCAGAAAGAAAGGACGAGGGCCUGCAAAAGGCUUGAAGUUGGCUAAGAGAGCACAAGAAACAAGUGAUGGAAAGUUGGAUAUUGAGUUCUCAGACAUGUCUGAUUCAGCAGUGGGGCCAAAUCAGCGGAUGUUUGUGGAUGAGGUGGUCCAACAGAUGAGAGUGCAUACACCACUUAAUGUUAAGAAGUGGGCGGAAGUACCACAGGAGGCCAAAGAUAACAUUGUUUCAGGUGUGUUGCGCCGGUGGAGAAUCCCGGAUUCACCCUUGCGAAGAGCCAGCAUAUUAAAGUUGGCAAAUCGGAGAUACCGGGGUUGGCGAGCAAAACUCUCCAAGGACUACAGUAAGUAUGAUAAUGAUGAGGACCGCAGGCAGAACCGGCCUAAAGAGGUCUCAGAGAAGCAAUGGGAGUCUCUUAUUACGUACUUUGGUACUGAUGAAUUUAAGACCAUUAGUGAUAGAAAUAAAGAAAAUCGAUCAAAACAAAAGACGGGCAAAAUCACCGGCAGCAAGUCUUUUGCGGCUGUGAGUUACGAUGCACGGGAUCCUGUGACCGGUCAGCAGCCUAACGAAUACAGGACAUGGCUUCUGUGCCAUCGUCAUCCUGAUGGAUCAUGGAGUGAUGAAACUGCACGACAGAUUUACGAGCGAGUUACCGAGUUAAUUACUCAGCAGUCACAGCAAGAGGGGGAGCCGCUAUCGCCAUCAAAUGAGGAUGAAUUGUUUCAGUCGGUACUCGGUUCCAGACCAGUCCACCUACGAGGCCAGAGACGUGGGUUGAGCCAGGCGCAGAAACUGGCAACUGUUGAGGUUCAAAUGGAGCGUGAUGCCCUUGAAGAGAAGCUUGGCGAGAUGAAGCAGAAGUUGCAGGAGGAAAGUGCAGCACGGACCGUGAUACAGGCACAACUUCAGGCGGAGAGUGCAGCACGUGCUGAGAUGGAGGCACGAUUGCAGGCAGAGAGUGCAGCACGGACAGCGAUGGAGGCACGACUGCGUGCAGAGUUUAUGGUUGCCCUUGAUAGCAUACGAUCUCAAGCUUCUUCUAGCAGUAAACACAAUCAGCAGUGAAGGAAAGCGCCACGGUUUCAAGUUUAAUUACCUGAGGAGUUCCUCUUCGCUUCACCCGCACUUGGGCUUUAUGGAAACCUCUACAUGGGCAAGCCAGCUUGUGUUUUUUUUACUGCUAUUCCUGGUACGUAGCCCAAUCAUAGAUGUAGGCCUCCCUGGCCAAGCUUUAAGUUACUACAUGUGUAGGAACUCUUAUCAAAGUUUAUUAAUGCAGUAUAUAUGUUGUAUGAACUGUGAGCACAUUCAGUGUAUAAUUGCAGUCUUGUUGUUCUGGAAAAACUCUGUGCAUAUCUGGUUGAGUGCUAAGCUUGUAGUAUGGAUGGAACAAUUUUCAUUCUUAUGCUGGUAAACUUGUAUAAUCAGGAUUCAGGAGGCUUUUGGAGCCUUAAAAGUGUAUCCUUUGAGUGAGUGAAUGCUUGCAACUUAUGCUAUUGGGGUCAUAUACUGAUGUGUAAACAAGAGAUAAACGGUACUGCUGCCCUAGCUUUCAAUUUUUACAAACAAUGGAUA